GUGAAAACGGGUGUCAGAAUGGCGGGCGUUGCAUUGGCCCUAACAGAUGUGCCUGUGUCUAUGGGUUUACGGGGUCCUCAGUGUGAAAGAGAUUAUCGCACAGGUCCGUGCUUUACUCAGAUCAGCAAUCAGAUGUGCCAGGGUCAGCUCAGCAGCAUUGUGUGCACCAAGACCCUAUGUUGUGCUACUCUUGGAAGAGCAUGGGGUCAUCCCUGUGAGAUGUGUCCUGCUCAACCACACCCAUGUCGCAGAGGAUUCAUCCCUAACAUCCGCACUGGGGCCUGCCAAGAUGUGGAUGAGUGUCAGGCUAUUCCUGGACUGUGCCAUGGAGGCAACUGCAUCAACACUGUGGGAUCCUAUGAAUGUAAAUGCCCUGCAGGACACAAGCAAAGCGAGACCUCCCAGAAGUGUGAAGAUAUUGACGAAUGCAGCACCAUUCCUAAUGUAUGUGACGGAGGAGAAUGCAGUAACACAGCCGGUAGUUAUGUCUGCGUCUGUCCCAGAGGCUUUACUAGCAGCCUAGAUGGAUCUCGCUGUAUUGAUCAGCGAGCUGGCACCUGUUUUUCAGCUUUGAUAGGAGGUCGUUGUGCUGGAGAACUACCUGGUCAGUUUACAAAGGCGCAUUGCUGCUGCGAGUCUGGUCGCUGCUGGGCUAUUGGGCAAACCCCAGAGAUGUGUCCAGUCAGAGGAUCUGAUGAAUACAGAAGACUUUGCAUCCAGGGGCUGCCACUAAGUCCUGUAUAUCCAGGGACUUAUCCAGGUCUAGGGCCUGGUGUAGUUGGACCUGGGGGCAUUGGACCAAAUGGAAUUGGACCAAAUGGGGUUGGACCCAAUGGAGGGAUAUCAGGCUUGCCAGGCUUAGGGCAAGGUACUGCUGGUAUUGGAACUGCAACACUGAAUCAGACAGGGGACAUCUGCAAAGAAUUCACUAACCUGUGUCGGAAUGGACGCUGCAUUCCCACUCCCUCCUCAUUAUCCAGCUACCGAUGUGAAUGUAAUAUGGGAUAUAAACAAGACAAUCGCCAGGAGUGUAUAGAUGUGGAUGAGUGUGCCAGUAGUCCUUGCAUCAAUGGAGACUGUGUGAACACACCAGGAUCAUACCACUGCAAAUGUCACGAGGGAUAUCAGAGUACCCCUACAAGACAGGCUUGUAUUGAUAUUGAUGAAUGUAUUAUGAAUGGAGUGAUGUGCAGGAAUGGACGCUGUGUUAACACUGAGGGCAGCUUCCAGUGCAUCUGUAAUGCUGGCUUUGAAACAACCCCUGAUGGAAAGCAUUGCGUGGACCAUGAUGAAUGUGCCACUACAAACAUGUGCCUAAACGGGAUGUGUAUAAAUGAGGAUGGCAGUUUCAAAUGUAUCUGUAAACCAGGAUUUGUGUUGGCACCAAAUGGACGUUACUGUGUUGAUGUGGAUGAGUGUCAGACUCCAGGCAUAUGCAUGAAUGGACGUUGCAUCAACACAGAGGGCUCUUUCCGUUGUGAAUGCCUUGGUGGUCUAACUAUUGGCAUAGAUGGGCGAGUCUGCGUAGAUACUCACAUGCGCAGCACUUGCUAUGGAGGCAUCAAGAAGGGCACCUGUGCUCGUCCUUUCCCUGGUGCUGUCACCAAGUCUGAGUGUUGCUGUGCCAAUCCUGACCAUGGUUUUGGAGAGCCUUGCCAGCCAUGCCCAGCUAAAAACUCUGCUGAAUUCCAGGCUCUGUGCAGCAGCGGAAUUGGGAUGACUGCAGACGGAAGAGAUAUUAAUGAAUGUGCCUUGAACUCUGAGAUUUGCCCCAACGGUAUCUGUGAAAAUCUAAGAGGCAGUUAUAGAUGUAUCUGCAAUUUGGGCUAUGAAUCUGAUGCUAGUGGCAAAAACUGCGUGGAUGUUGAUGAGUGUGCUGUGAACCGCUUGCUCUGUGACAAUGGCUUGUGCCGUAACACUCCCGGCAGCUACACCUGCACCUGCCCCAAGGGCUACGUCUUUAAACCUGAGUCUGAAACCUGUGAAGAUGUCAAUGAGUGCGCGUCCAACCCUUGUGUUAAUGGUGUCUGCAGAAACAAUGCUGGCUCCUUUAUUUGCGAGUGUUCAUUCGGAAGCAAACUGGAUCCUACUGGGACCAUCUGCGUGGACAGCAUGAAGGGAACCUGCUGGCUAAACAUCCAAGAUGGCCGAUGUGAAGUCAACAUCAAUGGAGCCACCCUGAAGUCUGAAUGCUGCGCUACCCUGGGAGCUGCCUGGGGAAGCCCAUGUGAACGUUGCGAGAUUGACCCAGCCUGUCCUAGAGGUUAUGCUAGGAAGAAGGGUGUUUCUUGUGAAGAUGUGAAUGAAUGUGAGGUCUUCCCUGGUGUGUGCCCGAAUGGACGCUGCAUUAACACUGCUGGCUCCUUUAAAUGUGAAUGCCCUGAGGGACUAACUCUGGAUGGAUCUGGCAGGAACUGUGUUGAUAUACGUGUGGAACAGUGCUAUAUGAAAUGGGAUGAAGACGAAUGCGCAGCUCCUCUGCCUGGCAAAUAUAGGAUUGACAUGUGCUGCUGCUCAGUGGGAGCUGCUUGGGGUAUUGACUGUGAGGAAUGUCCCAAACCCGGCAGUGAGGAGUACAAGACCAUCUGUCCCAGAGGACCUGGCUUUGCUAAUAGAGGAGAUGUUCUUUCAGGUCGCCCCUUCUACAAAGAUGUAAAUGAGUGUAAGGUAUUCAACAGCCUUUGCACUCACGGAACAUGUCGUAAUAGCAUUGGUAGCUUUAGAUGUAUCUGUGAAGGUGGUUUCGCCUUGGAUGCUGAGGAAAGGAACUGUACAGAUAUAGACGAAUGCAGAAUUUCCCCUGACUUGUGUGGACAUGGGACAUGCGUCAACACUCCUGGAAGCUUUGAGUGCGAGUGCUUUGACGGUUAUGAAAGUGGCUUCAUGAUGAUGAAGAACUGCAUGGACAUUGAUGAAUGCGAGAGGGACCCGCUACUCUGUAGAGGAGGAACCUGCUUUAACACUGACGGCAGCUAUGAAUGUAUUUGUCCUCCUGGCCAUGAGCUGACUCCUGAGGGCAAUGCCUGUGUGGAUAUAAAUGAGUGCUCCUUGAGUGAUAAUCUGUGCAAAAAUGGUCGUUGUGUGAAUAUGAUUGGCACUUACCAGUGUUCCUGUGACUCUGGGUUCCAGUCAACCCCUGAUCGACAAGGAUGUGUGGACAUUGAUGAGUGUACAAUCAUGAACGGCGGAUGUGACACCCAUUGUACCAACUCUGAAGGCAGCUAUGAAUGCAGUUGUAGUGAAGGUUAUGCCUUGAUGCCGGACCAGAGAUCUUGCGCAGAUAUUGAUGAAUGUGAGGAUAACCCAGAAAUCUGUGAUGGUGGGCAGUGCACUAACAUCCCAGGGGAAUACCGCUGUUUGUGCUUUGAUGGGUUUAUGGCCUCUUUGGAUAUGAAGACUUGUAUUGAUGUCAAUGAAUGCGACCUCAACCCCAACAUCUGUUUACAUGGAGACUGUGAGAACACAAAGGGCUCUUUUAUUUGUCACUGCCAGCUGGGUUACUUUGUAAAGAAAGGCACCACAGGUUGCACAGAUGUUGAUGAGUGUGAAAUAGGAGCUCACAACUGCGAUAUUCACGCAUCCUGUGUCAACACGCCUGGAAGCUUUAAAUGCAAAUGCAGAACUGGCUGGGUCGGAGAUGGACUUAAGUGUGUCGAUCUUGAUGAAUGCUCUACUGAAGACCAUAACUGUAACGUGAAUGCCAACUGCGUUAAUACACCAGGAUCAUACCGAUGCACAUGCAAUGAAGGGUUCAAUGGGGAUGGUUUUACCUGCUCAGAUGUUGAUGAGUGUGCAGACAAUGUUAAUUUGUGUGAAAAUGGGCACUGCCUGAAUGCUCCUGGAGGAUAUCGCUGUGAGUGUGAGAUGGGAUUCACACCUACCGAGGAUAGCAAGGCUUGUCAAGAUAUUGAUGAAUGUACAUUCCAGAACAUCUGUGUCUUUGGGAGCUGUCAGAACUUGCCUGGAAUGUUCCGCUGUGUCUGUGAUGAUGGUUAUGAACUGGACAGGAGUGGAGGAAACUGUACUGAUGUUAAUGAAUGUGCUGACCCAGUAAAUUGCAUCAACGGAUUGUGUGUUAACACACCUGGAGGCUACAAGUGCAACUGCCCACAGGACUUUGAGCUGAACCCCACAGGAGUGGGCUGUGUUGAUACCCGCAUUGGAAACUGCUUUCUGGAAACUCUUGUGCGAGGUGACGGUGGUCUCUCCUGCAGUGCUGAGAUUGGCGUCGGUGUAACUCGCGCUUCCUGCUGCUGCUCUUUAGGCCGUGCAUGGGGAAACCCCUGUGAAAUUUGCCCACCUGCUAACUCCACUGAGUACAAGACUUUGUGUCCAGGCGGAGAAGGAUUCAGACCAAACCCUAUCACAGUUAUCUUGGAAGACAUUGAUGAAUGCCAGGAAUUGCCAGGUCUUUGCCAGGGUGGUAACUGUGUGAACACCUUCGGAAGCUUCCAGUGCGAAUGCCCAGCAGGUUACUACCUAAAUGAAGACACUCGCAUCUGUGAAGAUAUUGAUGAGUGCUCUGCACAUAUUGGUAUUUGUGGUCCCGGGACUUGCUACAAUACCCUUGGAAACUACACCUGUGUUUGUCCGCCAGAAUAUAUGCAAGUUAACGGAGGAAACAACUGUAUGGACAUGAGGAAGAGUGUUUGUUACCGCAACUACAAUGAUACAUGUGAGAACGAGCUACCUUCCAACAUGACCAAGAAGAUGUGCUGUUGCUCUUACAAUAUUGGCAAGGCCUGGAAUAAACCUUGUGAGCCAUGUCCUGUUCCUGCCAGCCCUGAAUACCAAAUUCUUUGUGGUAACCAGGCUCCUGGAUUCAUUAUUGACAUCCGUACUGGCAAACCUACAGAUAUUGAUGAGUGCAGUGAAAUUCCAGGCAUCUGUAGCAAUGGCGUCUGCAUCAACCAGAUUGGAAGCUUCCGUUGUGAGUGCCCAAUGGGCUUCAGCUACAACAACAUCCUCCUCAUCUGUGAAGAUAUUGAUGAAUGUAGCAGUGGUGAAAACCUGUGCCAAAGAAAUGCAGACUGUAUUAAUAUCCCUGGGUCAUAUAGAUGUGAGUGCUCCAGUGGAUACAAGCUUUCUCCAAGUGGUGCCUGUGUGGGUCGCAAUGAGUGCCAAGAAAUCCCCAAUGUCUGUAGCCACGGUACAUGCAAAGACACAGAGGGCAGCUAUAUCUGUGUCUGCCACAAUGGAUUCAAAGCCAGUGGAGAUCAGACCAUGUGCAUGGAUAUUGAUGAAUGUGACAGACAGCCUUGUGGUAAUGGAACCUGCAAGAACACUGUUGGCUCUUACAACUGUCUUUGCUUCCCGGGCUUUGAACUGACUCACAACAAUGACUGCAUGGACAUAGAUGAGUGCUCUUCUCUCGUGGGUCAAGUCUGCCGCAAUGGACAGUGCAUUAACAAUGUUGGUUCCUUCCAGUGUCUCUGCCAUGAAGGCUAUGAGAUAACUCCUGAUGGCAAGAACUGCGUAGAUAUUAACGAGUGUAUCAGCCUGCCUGGUACCUGUUCUCCUGGAACGUGCCAGAAUCUGGAGGGAUCUUUCCGUUGCAUCUGUCCCCCAGGAUAUGAAGUACAAAAUGACAACUGUAUUGAUAUCAAUGAAUGUGAUGAGGAGCCCAAUAUAUGUUUGUUUGGAACUUGCACCAAUACUCCUGGCAGCUUCCAGUGUGUCUGUCCCCCAGGAUUUGUAUUGUCUGACAACGGACGUCGCUGCUUUGACACUCGUCAGAGCUUCUGCUUUACUCGAUUUGAUAACGGGAAGUGCUCUGUACCCAAGGCCUUUAAUACCACAAAAGCCAGGUGCUGUUGUAGUAAGAUGCCAGGAGAAGGCUGGGGAGACCCUUGUGAGCUUUGCCCCCAGGAAGGAAAUGUGGCUUUCCAGGAACUGUGUCCUUAUGGACAUGGAGCCAUCCCUGGCAUGGGUGACACUAGAGAGGAUGUAAAUGAAUGUGCAGAGAAUCCUGGCAUCUGUGUCAAUGGUGUCUGUAUAAACACAGACGGAUCUUUCCGAUGUGAAUGUCCAUUUGGUUAUAAUCUGGAUUACACAGGAGUAAACUGUGUUGAUACUGACGAGUGCUCUAUCGGGAACCCAUGUGGCAAUGGAACGUGCUCCAAUGUUGUUGGCGGCUUCGAGUGUGCCUGUGAUGAAGGUUUUGAGCCUGGCCCAAUGAUGACCUGUGAAGAUAUUAACGAAUGCACAAACCCCCUCCUGUGCGCAUUCCGCUGUAUAAAUACCUAUGGGGCAUAUGAAUGCACAUGUCCUUCAGGAUACACACUAAGGGAAGACCGUAGAAUGUGCAAAGACCUGGAUGAGUGUGCUGAAGGUCUCCAUGACUGCGAAUCCCGGAAUAUGAUGUGUAAGAACCUUAUUGGUACCUUCAUGUGCAUCUGUCCUCCAGGCAUGCAACGACGACCAGAUGGGGAGGGAUGUAUGGAUGAAAAUGAGUGUCGUACAAAGCCAGGCAUCUGCCCUAAUGGUCGCUGUGUGAAUACAAUUGGAAGCUACAGGUGUGACUGUAAUGAUGGUUUCCAAGUCAGCGCCUCUGGAACUGAGUGUGUGGACACUCGGCAAGGAUUCUGCUUCACUGAAGUGCUACAGACAAUGUGCCAACUUUCAUCCACCAACCGCAACAUGGUCACCAAGUCUGAGUGUUGCUGUAAUAGUGGGCGAGGAUGGGGCAAUCAAUGUGAGCUGUGUCCUCUGCCUGGCACAGGACCUUUUAAGAAAAUGUGCCCACAUGGACCUGGUUUUACCACAGAUGGUAGAGACAUUGAUGAGUGCAAAGUACUUCCAAAUCUGUGCAAGAACGGCCAGUGUAUCAACACCAUUGGAUCCUUCCGUUGUCACUGCAAACUGGGUUACACCACAGAUAUCACUGGAACAACAUGCGUAGAUCUGGAUGAGUGUGCCCAAUCUCCAAAACCAUGUAACUUCAUCUGCAAGAAUACAGAGGGUAGUUAUCAGUGCUCCUGUCCUAGAGGCUACAUUCUGCAGGAGGAUGGCAAGACAUGCAAAGACUUGGAUGAAUGUUCCACCAAACAGCACAACUGCCAGUUCCUGUGCGUGAACACAAUAGGCAGCUUCACCUGCAAGUGCCCACCUGGCUUCACCCAGCACCAAUCUUCUUGUAUUGAUAACAAUGAGUGUAAUGCACAGCCUAACCUUUGUGGAACCCGUGGCGUAUGUCAGAACAACCCUGGUAGCUUCAUCUGUGAGUGUCAGAAGGGCUUCUCUUUGGAUAACUCUGGCAGCAACUGUGAAGAUGUGGAUGAGUGUGAUGGAAACCACAGAUGCCAGCAUGGCUGCCAGAAUGUCCUAGGAGGUUAUCGCUGUGGCUGCCCACAGGGCUAUGUACAACACUACCAGUGGAACCAGUGUGUGGAUGAGAAUGAGUGUUCCAGCCAGUCCACUUGUGGUUCUGCCUCCUGCUACAACACUCUGGGAAGCUUUAAGUGCGUCUGCCCCUCAGGCUUUGACUUUGACCAAUCAUUCGGUGGAUGCCAGGAUGUUAAUGAGUGCUCUGCCUCAGGUGGAAACCCUUGCAGCUAUGGGUGCUCCAACACUGAUGGUGGUUAUCUGUGUGGUUGCCCAGGAGGGUACUUCAGAGCAGGCCAAGGGCACUGUGUCUCUGGCAUGGGAUUCGGAAAGGGCUCCUACAUCCCAGCUCCCAUUGAAGAGGAUGAGGAGAACAUAUUAUCCCCUGAAAACUGCUAUGAAUGCAAGAUUAAUGGCUACCCAAAAAGAGGACGACAGAGACGUAGCACCAACUCUACCUCUGAGGAUCCGGGCCACGCCCACUACAUCAGCCUGGCUAGUGUUGACAUUGAUGCUCCUCUAAGCAUGACUCUUAACAUCUCUGAUGUUACCAACAAACAACACAUUCUGGAGCUUGUGCCUGCUCUUGAACCCUUGGAGAACCAUGUGCGCUACAUCAUUUCCCAAGGCAAUGAGGAUGGUCUUUUCCGCAUCCAUCAGAAAGACGGCCUUAGUUAUGUUCACCUUGGCCGAAAGAAGGUUAUUCCGGGUACUUACAAUAUAGAAAUUGCCAGUGUGCCACUCUACCGCAAGAAAGAACUACAGAAACUAGAGGAAGAGAAGGACUUUAACUACCUCAUUGGAGAGAUUGGCCAAACACUCAAGAUGAAACUUCAAAUUAAUCUUUAUUAAAAGCAAAAACAUUCCUCAUGUGUCCAUCACAAAAUCCAAACUGUACAUUUAUAGAGAAAGUCUUCUUCUGUCUUGUGUUUAAUUAGCAAGCUUUUGUGUCAGAACCUAAGCACGUGUAAGAUUGAUGGGAAACGUGGAAUAAUGAGUCCAGAAGUGACCGACGUCCGUACAUAUUUUUGGAUUGUUUCUUUUUCAUAGUGUUUUUUUGUUAUAUAAAACGUUUUUUUGAAAAAUAUUGAGAAAAAAAAAUAUGAAUAAUGUUGACGGGGGGAGAGUAUGAAGUGCCAUGGGGAAUUUCAGGGUGAUGCCAGCGGAUAUACAGAUGUUCAAGGGGAGGGACCUAAUCUACUGUUCUCCAAUUCUUAAAGAUUAAAAAUCCAACUUGUGAUAUGGCAGAAAACAAUAUAUAUAUAUAUAUAUAUAUAUAUAUAUAUAUAUAUAUAUAUAUAUAUAUACAUACAUAUAUAUGUUUUUUUUUAAGAAAAAACUAAAGCGUGACUGAAAAACAGUAAUACUACUGCUAAGCACAGACAAAAAGUACUACAUACUGUACACAUCGAUUCUGUGGAUUUAUUUUAAGGUCUGCAUUUUAAAAGUGCAAAACCUCUUACUGCUUCAAUAUAUGAACGUGAAAGCAGAACACUAUUUACAGUUGUAAAACCAGAAGUGUUGUCUGAACAGGGUUUAUCACUUGUCCGGACAUUGGAAAGUGAGUACAGAGGGGAGAUUGCAACUUGUAUGGUAUAGAUCACCAACUGCAAGUUUUACAUUUCAUUCCAUUUUGCUGUCAAAAAUAUGUGCAUUCAUAAUUUGUUUUCAAUUUCAGAAAAUAGUAAAUAUUCCGUGGGUUAUGUGAUACAGUAUAGUAAAAAUUCCAGACACUGUUUUAUCAAAUGACAUUUAUAAAAAUGUCAUUUGAUGGGGGGAGAAUUCACCUGGUGCCUUAUUUUCUCAGUCAGGGUCUGCAACCUGGGCUGCUUAUUUACAAUUCAAUAACUACAGCUCUUUUGACUUUGAAAUAUUAUCGCUAAAAUGCUGCGCUUCGUAUCAGCAUACAUUGACUAAACAGGGUCUUGACUUUAUCUGAGGCUCUACCCACUAAACCUUUUUUGAUAUAUGUCACUAAUUCUGUGCUUAAAUUUGAUUUUUACACAUAUGAAGUAAUAUCAGGAUUAUCAUCAAUGGUGGUAAAUAUUUUCUACAAACUGGAAGAAAAUAAUUUAACUGAUCACUUAAUUUACAACUUUAUUAAAAUUUAAUAAGAAAUAGGAUUACUACAUAGGUGUGUAUACACACAUAUGUACUCAUUAAAAAUAAGUAUAUAUAGGUAUAUAUACCUAAAACAGUGUAUACAUAUAUAAAUAAUUUCAUUGUGUAUUAUUUUUUAUACACAACUGCCGUACCUAUUUGAAAUAUUCAAAAAAUGUAAAGGGACAAGUCUUUAUAUAGCUUUUUCCAUCAAUCAUAUAUAACAGCAUGUUUAAAAAAACAAAGAUAAUACAAACUUUUGGGAUCUGAGGAUUCUGAAUUAUAGUCAAAUAAAACACAAACUCUAUUUUUUAAGAACUGACCCACUCUACUUAGUUUCUAAUUAGCAUGAACUAUUAUGUGCUGCAAUUUAAGUUUUCUGAUCACCAGAUUACUAACCAAAUGCUCUAUAUAAACAAUAAAAUAUAGGCUUUUUAUAUAAUUUUACCCUUUCCACUGUAGAGAGACUGUAUGAUCUACAAUGUGUAGAAUAUUGGCCUUGCUAAAAACCAAAAAUAACGAGAAUCAAAUAAUGUCCGCUGGCAGCAGUUUAAAUUUCUCCUCAGAAUCUAGAUUUCUUCCCCCCUCUUUUUUGCUUGAAACAAAAAUAGAAUAAAAUGCUAAAGGAUGGUGCUACUUUACACUACGGUAUCAAAUACACACAAUACUACCUGACAUUACGCUGUAUCUGGCCACAAUGGUGCUUCCACUACCCAUUCAGUGCUUGAAACGCCUGUUACUGCACUGUACAUCCUUUUUUUAAUAUUUAUGUAUAACCACAAAUGUUAACUGUUGCUAUUUUUUGUAAGUUCAUAUUCCUGUAGUAUAUAUAAAUAUAUAUUUUAUUUGGUACAUGUUGACUCUUUUUUUAUUUUUUGUUAUAAUUUUCACGGGCAGCCACUUCCCGAUAAUGUGUGAUUACUGUAUUAUUGCCGGAAAUUAAAAACUUGAAAAAUGUUUAGCUCUGAAAAUACAAGACUAUUAAACUGUGUUACCAAACGGUGCUAAAUAGUUCAUUUUUAAACUGUUUUUCUUUUUUGCAGUCUUGUCUUGAGCCAAAAUGUGUUACAUCUAGUGGGUUUUAAAAAAAAAACACGGCAUUUUCUUUCGUCCCAGUGUGGUCUGAUGCUUUUCUUUUUUUUUUUAUACAGUGUGCUGUAUUUUUUUUCUGUUUGUUGUUAGGCACAUAUGAAAAGAUUUUUGUACAACUUAACAUAACUGUGUUUUUUUUGUAUCAGAAGCAACAGCAACAAUAAAAUUAUUUUGGGUAAAAAUUA